AUGUGGUUUAGUGCAUAUACAUUCAGAUAUCUCUGGAAUUGCUCAGCCACCUGGAGACGAUUAGGCCGUGCAAGACCAUCUUCCCAUGCGCGAAUCUGCACUGUACUUGUCAUGGUGAAUAUCGGACUACCGACGUCACCUGAUCAUCCAAACCGAGGGUGGCAGCUAUGGAUCGUCGGAACGGUGAUGCUCAUCGCCGCCGCGAUUUUCGUGGGAAUACGGUUAGCUGCGAGAUAUUUCCGGAGCGGUAUCCAGGUGGAUGAUUGGGCUGUCCUGGCUUCGCUGGCCCUAUUCGCGACCCAAGUUCUCUACAAGGUUGUUAUUUGCCUCACUAAAGUUUCGAUACUACUACUCUACCUGCGUGUCUUCAGUGUCGCCCGAUAUUUCUCUUGGUGCUGCAUUGGCAUGCUUGUGUUUACAGUGGUCUCGUCAGUCGCAUAUCUCGGGCCGACAAUCUGGCAAUGCAGACCAGUCGCUUCGUUCUGGGAUCGAUCCAUCAUGCCGCAUGUAUGUCUAAAUAACCAUGUCUCGUGGCUAUCGUACGCCUUAAUCAACAUCAUCACCGACUUCAUUAUCCUGUUCCUGCCAGUACAACAAGUGCUUAUCCUUCAACUAAAGCCGCGCGAUAAAAUCGCCGUUAUCAUGAUUUUUCUGCUGGGUGGAUUCGUCUGCAUCACCAGCAUUGUCCGAACCAAGUCCCUUGCCGCAUCAGCAAAUCUCGACGAUGUUACCUGGAACACCAUCUCCGUCUCAAUCUGGAGCGCCAUCGAAAUCAACACCGGCAUCAUCUGCGCCUGCCUCCCCAUGAUCCGUCAACCCCUCGCCCUCCUUUUCCCAAGACUCUUCUCCCAUUCCGACCCCUCAAACUCACACCGUAACCCACUAUCCUACGCCGCUGCGUCCCGGCACAAAUCGCGCGGCGACCGCUCACUUCCCACGGUCGACCCAAGUCUAGGCUGGACACGAGGCCGGGACGACCACGUAUUUCUAACAUCUGUGAAACCUGGCGGACGGGAUACGUACAUGCGUCGGUCCGAGAGCGAAGAACAUAUGAUCGACAACGGAGACGGAAUGCACGGUAUUAAUGGGAGCGGGAAUGGUAUUGUCAAGACGAUGGAUGUAUCCAUUUCGGAGUCUUCAAGGGGCUUUUAUGACUCUUCUCCGUCGUCCCAUGGAAGUAGAUUUCCUCCACAGUAA